AUGGAUGUGUUUGGUGGUGCACCGCGCUUCCUGGCGUAUCCCAGACCAGUGGUGGUGCAGAGCGGAACGGAUGCGGUCCUGAAGUGUCAGAUCAGUGGUGAUCCAAGACCUGCAGUUUUAUGGGAGAGGAACAAUGAAAAGAUCGACCUGCAAGGACGAUACAGAGUCUUUGAGGAUGGAAAUGUUUACAACCUGAUCAUACCUACAGUUGCCAUAGAGGAUAGCGGGCAGUACAUAUGCAAAGCCAAAAACAGCAUUGGCGAAACAUACGCAGCUGCCACACUGAAGGUGGAGGGUGAGGCACAAGAGAUAGAGUUAAGAGAGGAGAAUAAACCACGAUUCCUCAUCAAACCCUUAUCAACUCGUGUUGGACGCGGAGAAGACGCGGUCUUCUCCUGUAAGGUCUGGGGGAACCCGCGACCCGAAGUUACCUGGGAGAAGGACGGCAGGAAACUCAGCGAAAUAUUUGAAAGCACUCACUUCAGUGUGAGUUACCAGGACGGCGGCUGGUUCCAGCUCAAGAUCUCUAAGACUCGUGCGCCGGAUGGCGGCGUAUACACAUGUAAGGCGCGGAACGAGUCCGGGGAAGCACUGGCAGGAGCCGUGUUGCUUGUCGACGCGGGCCCCGGACACGAGGACGACGGGAACCGGAACGGCUACGCCAACGGCCACAGGAAAGCUCAUCAAGGGAAACACAGGAGCAGCAGGCAGCUGUCCAAUCAACACAAAGACGAAACGACGACCAUGUCGACCAGGGUGAAGAUGUUUGCCGUGACAGAGGGUAAACAUGCAAAAUUCCGCUGUUUUGUGACUGGAAAACCCAAACCCGAAAUAAUUUGGAGAAAGGAUGGACGGCUCAUACUAUCUGGAAGGCGUUAUUUGUUAUACGAAGAUAGAGAAGGAUACUUUACACUCAAGGUUCGGUACUGCAAGCAGAAGGAUAACGGAGUCUACGUUUGUGCAGCGUCCAAUACAGCGGGCCAAACCCUCAGUGCGGUGCACCUCUCAGUAAAGGAGCCUCUUGUGCGGUUCAAACAGCCCCUCAUUGAUCUCGAAGUAUGGGAGCAGGACUUGGCUGUUUUGGAGUGCGAAGUUCCAGAAGACUCCGUUCCAAUCACAUGGUAUCUGGAGGAUCGACGACUACAGCCAGGAGCCAAAUAUGGAAUGGAGGAGUGGGGAACAAAACGCCGACUAACGAUCCGUGACAUCGGAGUUGAUGAUGACGGGAUUUAUCUUUGUGAGAUGCCUGAUGGUGGGAGAAGCAUUGCUGAGGUAGCAGUGAAAGGUCCAAUUUUGCGGAAGCUUCCAAGGAAAGUGGAUGUUUUGGAAGGGGAAAACGCAGCUUUUUGCGCUGAGGUGGAAAAAGAAGAGAUGGAUAUACACUGGUACAAAGAUGGUGUUGAGCUGCGUGAAACACAUCAGACCAUCCUGAAAUCCUUCGGCCGAACUCAUAUUCUUGUCUUUGUUAAUACGAUGCCCAAAGAUUCCGGCCAUGUGAUUUUUUUGGUUGGCACAUCUAGGACGUCCUCUCAACUAAGAGUGAAGGCGGCCAAAAACUGUCCUCCGAGUUGUCCAGUGGGAGUGCAUAUCAAUACAGAACGGGCAAACGCAGCACUUCUCUCAUGGACUCCGGCUCAGGACUCACGGAAGAACCGUCCAUCUGGCUAUGUAUUGGAGCGACAGGAAGUUGGCACCGGUUCACAGGAGUGGCUACAGUGUCUCACCACUGACUCUGCUACCUCAGUGGAGAUCCUUGGCGAUAGUGUGCCAUGUGAAGCCGAUUAUCGGUUUCGUAUUUGUAGUGUCAACAAAUAUGGAAAGAGCAACAACGUGGAGUUCCCCAGAGCAGUUCACUUGGUUCCAGUAGCCAGAAUACAAGCCCCCUUGCAGGACGCACUGGUGCCAGAAGGACAAGACGCAGUCUUUUCUAUUGAGUUAUCUGCUUCUGUUAUUGGAUCGUGGUUUUUAAAUGGUACACAACUUCAGGAUGAUGAACGUUUUUCCAUGCGUCGCUCAAGAACACAUCAGUCUCUUCGGAUUCAAGGAGUUCGAGACACAGAAAAUGGAGCCGAAAUAACAUUUAUUGCAUAUGGCAUUCGGGAUUCAGCAGCACUGUAUAUUCAAGCUCCUCUCGUCAAGUUUUCACCAAUGUCAGAAAUGGAUCGAAACAAAUUUGUAGAAAUUGGGAACCCAAUUGUGCUCUACUGUGAGCUCUCAGACCCUGUAACUCCAGUGAACUGGUAUAAGAACGGGGCCGAAUUACAAACAACAGAUGGUCUUCAUAUCCAAUCAGAGGGUACCAUGAGGAGAAUUGUCAUUCAGUCAGCAGAAUUCUCACAUUCAGGAGUGUAUUGCUGUGAUGCCAUCGAUGACGUCAUCAGGUUCAAUGUGGAAGUAGAGGCACCACCGGUGACAUUUGCAAACAUCCCAGAGGAGGAGCUUUUCAAGAGCACUGUGGAAAAAUCCCGACUCGAUCUGUCAUGCCAAGUUUCACAGGUUGAUGGAGUUGUCAAGUGGUACAAAGAUGGAGCUGAAAUCCACUCAAACGACAAUAUAACAAUGCAAGCAGAAGGCACCCAAAGAAAUCUCUCAAUCCUUUCAGCCCGACUCUCUGACUCGGGCACGUACACAUGUCGCGCAGGAGAUAACACAAUAAUGUUUAAGGUGAACAUACGAGAACCUCCGGUAAUGAUAAUUUACCCUAAGGAAGAUGUCCACCUUGACCGCCAUGUACCUGAGGAAAUUAUUCUCAGCUGUGAACUCUCGCGUUCAAAUGGCAUAGUGAGCUGGUACAAAGAUGGCCAAAAGCUCCAGGACAGCGAGAACAUUAAGCUAAAGAUAGAAGGUCCUUAUAGACGACUGAAGAUUCUGACUAGUGGAGUCGAGGAUUCUGGAGAAUACGUCUGCGAUACAGCGGAUGAUUCAAUAUUCUUUAACCUCGGUAUUACAGAACCUCCAGUACGGAUUGUGUCGCCAAGUCAGUCUCAAAUGGAACUGUGCCAACAAACGUCAGAGAGGAUGGUUCUGAGCUGUGAGAUCUCACGACCGCAUGCAGUGGUCCGUUGGUAUCGAGACGGACUUGAAGUAGAGGAGAGUGACAACCUCAUACUAGAGGUGGAUGGAGUCUACAGAAGGCUUAUUAUACCUGAAACAACUAUUAAAGAUUCUGCAGAAUAUGUAUGUGACACGAUAGAUGACUCCAUGACAUUCUUUGUAAAUAUAGCUGAGCCUCCUGUCCGCUUUGUUCGACCACGAAAGACAUUGAGCAGGCUUGAAAAAGUGGUUGGAGAAACCUUGGUUUUGGACUGUGAAGUAUCCAGACCAAAUGCUGUAGUUUUCUGGAAGAAGAAUGGAGAAGAAGUGGAAGGUCUAGCAACUGUCACCAUAGUUGAAGAUGGUGUAUUGCGUCAAUUAACGGUUCACUCACUAACACUAGAAGAUGCAGGAAUAUAUGUCUGUGAUGCAAAAGAUGAUGUGAUGGAUUUCCAUGUAAAGGUGCAAGAUUUGCCCAUAAGAAUUAUUGGAAAAACAGAAGCAAAAACCGAAAAGCAAUUCUUAGUGUCUGAUGACAUUAUUCUAGUAUGUGAACUAUCCAGGGCAAACGCAUCUGUCCGCUGGUACAAAAAUGAUCAGCCAAUUGAUGACAGUGAGCAAUACUGUAGUGAAGAGCAGGGUGUUUUCCGUUCAUUGGUAGUCCUAAACGCCUCGCUCGAGGAUUCAGGAGAGUACACGUGUGAUGCACUGGAUGACAAACUGGUGUUCCAUAUCACUGUUGCAGAGCCUCCAGCUAGGAUCGUCGGAAAUUCGGGCCACCCAGAGCAUCAUAUAUUACUUACAGGAGAAGAACUUAUUUUAGAGUGUGAGGUGUCUCGGCCCAACGCCACUGUUCAGUGGCUAUGGAAUGACAAGAUAUUGAAACCAAACACUCGUGUCAAAAUUUACAGCCAUGACGUCAUGAGGAAGCUCGUUCUCUCUGGUCUUGAGCCAUCAGACUCUGGAAAAUAUGUUUGUGAUACCACAGAUGACAAACUGAUCACAAUUGUUAAGGUCCAAGCUCCCCGAGUUGUGGAGUUCAUAGGGGAACUUCAUAGCGUUACUGUUUGUGAAGGAGAAGAUGCAGUAUUUAAGUGCAUGAUUUCACCAGAGGACGUUAAAUUGGUGUGGUGCCUGAAUGGCAAACAGGUAGCCCUGAAUGAGCGCACUGUUGUUUCCAGCAAUGGACUAUGCCACAUGCUCUGUAUCCAUAACUGCAUGGUUUCGGAUAGCGGCAUAGUGACAGCUGAUGCAGAGGGAUUGGUAUCAAAGGGCGAACUCCAGGUUCAAGAACAACAUGUGAUGUUCACCAAGAAAAUGGCACCACUUACAUCCGAGGAAAACAGUGAGGCAACACUCGAGGUGGAGGUGAGCCUAGAUUCCAGUGAAGUGCAGUGGAUGAGGCAAGGAGUGUUGAUCCACCCAGGGCCCAAGUACACCCUGAAACACAAGGGCCCUAAGCACAGCCUUACUAUCCACAAACUCGGCAAGUUUGACCAGGGCACCUAUAGCUGUGAGACCCUUCAUGACCGCACGCAAGCCCAGCUCACAGUGGAACGUCGAAAAAUCACAAUCAAGAAAGGCUUGACUGACACAAAAACCAUGGAGAGGGAAACCAUCUCCUUUGAAGUUGAACUGUCACAUCCCAGCGUGCCCAGCACCUGGUGGAGAAAUGGAAUCCAGCUUAAGCCAUCAAAUCACUUUCGAAUGAGCGCCAAGGGACAAGUCCACAGCCUGACUAUUUCAAACCUCUCAGUGGAAGACACUGCCACCUUCAUGUUCUGCGUGGAUAAUCUGAGGACAUCAGCAAAGCUUGUCGUCAAGGAGCAUCCAGUGACAAUUUUAAGAAAACUAGAGGACCAGAAAUUCCCUGCGGCAGCAACACUCUCCAUCGAGUGUGAGCUUUCAAGGCACAAUGUGGACGUGAAAUGGAUGAAGAAUGGCAGCGAGGUGAAGCCUGGCAAAAACGUACGCAUUUAUUCAGUCGGACGGAAGCGAUUUCUUCAGAUUACAAAAUGCCACGUCUGUGAUUCUGGCGUGUACACCUGUGACACCGGAGACGUGACUACAUGCUGCACAGUGGAGGUCUAUGAGCGAGAGCUGGAGAUCCUGCAAGCCCUGGAGGACGUAAGCAUCCUGGAAGAUCAGAAUGCUGUAUUUGUGUGUGAGAUCUCACUGGAGGAUGUGCCGGGGGAAUGGUACAAGAACAGGGAGAUGAUACAACAAACUAGUACCAUCAAGAUCCGCCAGGAAGGGACCAAACACUUUCUCCUAAUGUGCAAUGUGCGGCCAGAGGACUGUGGCGAGAUUAAAUUUGUGGCCAGACAUGUGCACUCUGUGGCUCAGCUGAAAGUAACAGAGAUUCCCGUCGGCAUUGUGAAACCUCUGCAGGAUAAGACCGUGCCGGAGACGAGCCGAGUGAUCUUGGACUGCACCGUGUCCAACCCGAGAUGUAGUAUUCGAUGGUACAAGGGGAGCAACGUCAUCCUGCCUUCGGAACGCUUCGAGAUCAGCAGCGAGGGAGGCUAUCGCAAGCUAAUCAUCCAACAGGUGGCGGUAGCUGACGAAGGCACCUACAGUAUGCAGGUCGGGGAAUAUACAUGUUCGGCAAAACUGACCGUGGAGCCUCAAUCUUUGCUGAUGGUGAGAAAGAUGCAAAAUGUGGAGGAUGUGGCAUCGCAUGAAGCUACCAAUACCUACACUACCAUGCCAAAGCACAAGUAG